GGGGCGGCGGCGGCGGCGGCGGCAGGCGCGGGGCGGACGAUGGUGGGGCGGAGCGGCGCCCUCGCCGCCGGCCUGUGCGGCGCCCUCUUCAUCGGCUACUGCAUCUACUUCGACCGCAAGAGACGGAGCCACCCCGACUUCAAACUCCGCCUCCGCGAGCGAAGGAAGAAACAGAAGCUUGCCAAAGAGAGAGCCGGGCUUUCCAAGCUUCCGGACCUUAAAGAUGCUGAAGCUGUUCAGAAGUUCUUCCUUGAAGAGAUACAGCUUGGUGAAGAAUUGCUAGCGCAAGGGGAGUAUGAGAAGGGGGUCGACCACCUGACCAACGCCAUUGCAGUGUGUGGGCAGCCCCAGCAGCUGCUGCAGGUCUUACAGCAAACGCUUCCACCCCCCGUGUUCCAGAUGCUCCUGACUAAACUCCCGACAAUCAGCCAGAGAAUCGUAAGUGCACAGAGCUUGGCUGAGGAUGACGUGGAGUGAGAGCCAGCGGCCGACGCGCCGAGAACCGCCACGACACCCCGGCGAUUCCACGCCCCGAAGAUGAGCAGCCUCGAGAGGGGGACGGGCGGCCGCGGCGCCCCGGUGGGCCCGGCGCCCGCCCCGCGGACACCUAGCAGAGUUCACUCUCACCCAGGGUGGGUCCUUGGCCUGGAUUUUAUUUAUUUAUCCAAGUGAAAAGUGUAUUUUGAUAAAAAAAAAAAAAAAAAAAAAAAGCUUUUCAUUUUAUAAAUACACUGAGUUGAGUAUCUAAGUAUCACCCAAGUACUAAAAUGUCCAGCUAUAACGUUCGUAAGACGAGGCUACAACAUCAAAUUCCCGAUGCUCAUUUUUGAAACCAAGUCGAGGCAAUAAAAAAGAAUUCUGCGCUUUGUG